AUGGUGACGUUGACGGAAAUUGGACUCCGAGGCGCACCUCCUAUGGAGCUGGUAGGACCCAUUGCUGAUGAAGCUGAAGAUACAGGUCUCAUUCCUGUCCUAAGUAGGCCUUCAGUUGUGGGGAAGCCGUGCCGAAGAGGAAGUUUUAUUUCUCCCCCGAAGGUUUUCCCUGUCCCUGCCAGAUGGGCUAGACAGGUUUUUCCUAUCACAUGGUCUUCCUUCAUCGGGACCAUCGGGGCACUCAGACAGAAGUGGCUCUGUCCAAAGGAGCUGAUCCCUUGGACAGGUGGUUUUGACCAGAAAUCAAGAUGGCGUCGGGCCUGGGAGUAUGGCCACAUCAGAACCCGACCUGGAGUCGUCUUUCGAGCUGAGGUGUUGAGGUCCGCUGAUUCGCCCACGUAUGGCCUUUUAAAACUAACUAACUAA